AUGAAGGACCUACGUGUAAAAGAGCAAAUCACCCCGAAAUCUCAGCUCACCAUUCCUAUUUUAUUCCACAAAAUCAAAUCCCAUUUCCUUCCCCAAAAACGAAAACCUCUGCUGACCCCUUCCAUCCUCGCCGUCCCAAACCGCACCGCCGGCGCCUUCCCGACUCCGGGAUUGCCUUGCACCUCCAGUUCCUUCUCGCAACGAGACACCCCUCCGUCAUCGCCCGCAACCACAGCUUCAUCUUCGUAUCCCAAAAGCGCCGCUGCCCUCCUUCAUCUUCAUGAGGAAGAAGACACAUUUGUCUGGUUAUUUACCGAGUGGGUUAAAUGUAUGAAUGGAGUGGCUCCGCAUGCUAUUAUUACAGACCAAGACAAAGCUAUAUGCAAUGCCAUUCAAAAAGUGUUUCCAAAUACUCGACAUCGUUAUUGCAAAUGGCAUAUUGGCAAGCACAUGGUUGAUCAUUUAUUAUCUCUACAAAAGUUGCAUGGAGAAGAGUUUGCGAACUACUUUAAUAGAUGGUGGCAUAGCAAGACAAUUGAAACAUGUAUUCAGAAAUGAGAUGAGUUAAAAGAAAAGUUCAAUAUAGAAGAAAAUG